AUUAAACCAAAAGACGUGCUUUACUGUGGUGUCUGUUCGUUCCCUCCAGAGUACUGUGAGUUUGGUGGGUCCUUCAAGAAGUGCAAACUAUGGUUAGAGGAAGAGGAUCCGGAGUUGUUCAACCAAUUAUAUUCCGAGGAGGCCCUGGCGAACGCCACCUCCACACUCAGUGUAGAGAAGCAGGAGAAGAUUGAGAAGGACUUACAGAAGAAACAGGCCAAGGAAGAGGCCAAGCAGGAGAGGGAGUUGAAGAAGAAGUUGGAGUCCAAAGUGACGUUGAAGAGAAUCGAGAGAACCAAGAGAAAACAUGCCAUCGCCAUCUCAGGUUUGGAGGUGUUUGAUAUUGACAUGAAGAAGCUGGCAAAGACGUUUGCUUCGAAGUUUGCUACUGGCUGCUCUGUCACAAAGGGCGCAGAUAAGAAGGAGGAGAUUGUUGUUCAAGGUGACGUUGGUGAUCAGGUUGAAGCAUACAUCACGUCCUUGUUGAAGGAAAAGGGGCUCAAUGACAUCAAAGUGGAGCAAGUUGAGGAGAAGAAGAAGAAGAAGAAGGACCCUGAAGCCACAGCUGCUUGA